AUGAAAUAGGCCUCUCGAUUUGAUAUUAUAAAGAAUGAAUUAAUUCCUAAAAAAAAGUGGAAGGAAGAUUAAGAAAUAAAUUAAUGCGGAAUGUGCGAUAAUAAAUUUAAUGCUCUAUUUAGACGUAAACAUCAUUGCAGAAGAUGCGGAUAUAUUUUUUGUUAAGAGUAUAUUGAUAUUAAAAUGUAGUUGUUCAAACCACUUUAUUGAUGGAUCUCCUAAUGAAGGUGAGAAAAAAAUUCGUUUUUGCAGACGUUGCUAUGAUAAAAUAAAUUAAUUAAUAGCUGAUAAAGGAUUCUUUGUAGAAAAUGAAGACACAACUUUAAAAGGGACUGUCAAAAAGGAAGGAAAUUCUCAUUCUAAAAAUGCCUCAAAAUAAUUUGAUAGUGUAACUACUUUUACCUCUUCAAAAAGCAUAAUUGUCAAAGGAAAUGAAGCAUAAUAAUUUUAAGAAGAGGAUGACACACUCUUAGAAAUUAAUCAAGAGAAAGAAGACAUUUCAGAGUUUUUUGAAGACUCAGAUAUUGCUAAAGAUCAAUUAACGAUAUUAUAGGAACGGAGUGGUAAUUUUUUAGAAAAAAUAUGUGAAUACAUUCUACAGAAUGUCCUUUAGCCAAAUAAGCCUUAUGAAAAGGUUAUAGAAUUUUGGAAGUCCAAAAUGAAAUUAUUGAUUACGUAAUGUAUUUAAGAAAUUCAAUUCCAUUCUCUAAAUACAAACCUUAUGGAUAUUAAUCAUUUUAUGAAAAUAAAAAUAAUUGAUUAUCAUGAUGAACAAUUAACCAGUUUUUUUCCUGGAGUCAUUUUUCGAAAAAAUGUUGCAUUAAAGUAAAUGUAAUCUGAAAUAAAUAAACCUGUCAUCAUUAUUAUAAUUGGAGAUUUUGAUAUGGACGGUUCAUAAAAUUAAUUAGAAGAUUAUAUUUAAAAUGAAAAAAAGAUUUUGGUUGAAUCCAUAAAUUAAAUUUACAAAAAUUAUGAACCAAAUUUGAUUUUGGUUGAAAAAGGAGCUAAUAAAAUUGCAUUGGAUGAAUGUCUCAAGAAAAAAAUUACUGUUUUAACUAAUGUUAAAAAGAAAGUUCUUAAAAGAGUGAAAUUGUGUACAAAUGCUAAAUUUAUAAAUUUGUCUACACUCAAACUUUGUAUUGAUCGAAAGGAAUAAAUAGUGGGCAGAUGUGAAAAAGUAUUUUUUAAAUCAUUCCCAAAGCUUUUUUCUGACAAAAGUGAGAUGUAAAAAGAUUCUACUUUAUGUUUCUUAAAAACUUCAUAAUGCUAAAAGUUUGCUACAAUUACUUUAAGUGGGCCUUCUGAAGAAUUAUUAUGUAAAUUAAAGUAAUGUUUUAUUGGAUGUGCUCGAUUGGGAAAACAUUAAGAUCUGGAAUCUCACUUUAUAACGACAGAAUGUUCAAUGUUUAAGAACAAUCAAUUAAAAACUAUUUCAAAUUAAGGAAAUUUCACAACCUUCUUAUUUGAAAAGGUCCCUUUAAAAGAAUUAUUCAUAAUAGAACUAAAAUACAUAAAAAUAAAUUAUGUUAUAGCAGAUGUGAGCAAUUUUAAUGACAUUAAAGAUUUUUCUAGUUUGGAAGAAUAUAAAUCUAAACAUCCUUCUCAAAGAGAUAAAUUAGAAGAGUUUUCAAUGGCCAGAAUGUGCAACAAACCUCAAGAAAAAAAAUCAGUAUUUUAUCAUGGAGAGGAUGUUUGUUUAGGAUAAUUUAUUAUUUUGAAAAUAGCUAAUAAGGAUAACAAAUGUGAAUUUUGUCAUCUACCAAAAAUAGCUCAUGUUUCUUUUUAUUAUUGUGGAGAUAAAUAUAUUAAAAUAAGUGUUGAUUAGAAAAACAGAAGUGGAAGAGUUAUAUCAACAAAUGAGCCACCUUAAUUAUCGAAUUAAGUCUCUUAAUAAUUUUCUUAAUUGUCAAAUGAAGAUGAAGUAAGGGAUAACGUUUAUACAGCGAAAGAUAUCAGUAAAAUUGUUCAGUAAUCGCAUUCUAAUUAGAAGGGAGAGAAAAAAAAGAUAAAAAUAGAAACCUAUAUUUAAUGUAGUAAAUGCGAUCUAAGUUCAAACAUAGUUAAAUUAUCUAGUUAAAAUUUAGAAUUUUCAUUUUUCAGAUUUAUGCAAACAAUAUUGAUAACUCAACCAAACAUAAAUGAUAGAUAAACUACUUUUCAAUUAAAUGCUUGUAAUCAUUAAUUACAGAGAAUAUUCACUUAUGAUGAAUCAAUGGUAAAAAUAUAAGUUGGAGAUGUCGAAGUCUUUUCUACAAUAAUAGAAAAUACUUUGAGCUAAGAAAUACUUGAUAAUUUAAAGAAAUGGGAGGAGGAAUACAUAUAAAUUUAAAAAAAAGAACUUUAUCAAAGAUACUUAAAUAUCAUUUAUUAAUUGACACAAAUAAAGAAAAGCCUAUCUAAAACAGUUGAUGCUGAAAACAUUGAAAAAUAUACGGACGAAAAGUCUUGGUAAGAGAAAUUUUCUGGAAUGAAUUCAAUAUCUGAUUUACAAUAGUUUACUUAUACAUUAAGCACUUAAUUGUAAGAGAUAGGUGACUAAAUAAAAGCAGAAAUGAAAAAAUUUCAACAUAAAAAUUCCAUGAUCAGAAGUUAAAAAGAACUAGACCAUUUAUCUCCAAUAAAUAAAGGUCACUCAUCUGGAUAGGAUUGCGAGACUAUUCAUUCUGAUAGUGUAGUUGGAGACGAUAUAGAACAUUAGAGCGAAUAAUUAGGGGAUAUCAAAUCACCAAUGGGAGGAAAACCAAUUAAAACUUCCUCAAAUAAGAUUCCUAAUAUUCAGUAUUCUGUAAAGGAUUUAGAUAAUCAUUCUUUCAUAAUUGAUAAACAAUAAAAUCCUUUUAGCAAUUUUUUAAAAGAAUGGCCUUUGUGUCUAUUUUUAGAGGAAUAGAAUAAAGUGGCAUUAUGCGAUAGAAAAAUAAUUCCUUUUGUUGCCAUUUUUGAAAGUCAACCUUUAUCUUCCUUAGCCUUUGCUUUAAAUCAUCCAAAUUAUCUGAAAGCAAUAAAUUAUUAUGAAAGUAUGAGUAUAAUUUUAGCUAGAUUUUUCAAAGGCAGAUUAGGAAUAAUAAAAAAUUGUUUUAAGUAAACUAAUGUUGAUUAAGUCUGGGUAAUAAUCAGGGAAAUGGGAAUAAGAAGAUUAAAGCCUUCCAAGAGAAUCCUAAGCAACAACAACUGAUACUAAUUUGAAUGCAAAUUAACAGUAAUCUAUACCUUAAAAAAAGGAAAAGAACUACAUCACAAUUACUUUAUAAUAUGAUAAGGUAAAGGGUAUGAAACCAUCAAUGAGUAGAGAUUAAUUUUAAGAUGAGGACAAAACAAUAUCAUCAUAAUAAUCAAUUACAAGUGGUUUAGGAAAUUAAUAAUUUUCAGUUAAAAAAUCAAAAACUUAGGAAAUAUUGAUCUACUUCCCUACUUAAUUUGAAGCUUUAAGAGCCUCCUUUGGAAUCACAUUAAAUUUGUUUAUAAAAUCAUUAAGUGUAACAGGAUCUUGGAAUGCAAGUGGUGGUAAGUCAUCAUCUAAAUUCUUCAAAUCUGAUAAUGAAUUAUUUGUUGUAAAGAAAUUUGAUGAUGAAAAGGAAUUUAGAAUGUUUGAAUAAUUUGCAUUAGAUUACUUUAGACAAAUGCAUAGACAUUUCUAUGAAUCCUAAAAACCUUCAUUACUUUGUAAAAUAUUUGGAAUGUAUGAGAUACGAGACAAAGGUAGUCCUGAGUUCUAUUUAAUUAUGGAGAAUUUAUACUAUGGUAUAGGUAAUUAGAAGGAUUUGUUAGUUUAUGAUUUAAAGGGAAGCGAAACAAAUCGAUGGGAGAAGAAAGUGAAUAAAGUUUUAUUGGAUACAAAUUUUAUCAUAGAUAGAAAUGCAGAACCAAUUCUUAUAUAAAAUGAAUGCUAUAUUUAUAAUGAUAAAGCAUUUUAGGUAAAAUUAUUAAGUAAAUGAAUAGAGCGAUUGUAAAUUUUUGUUAAGGAAAUAAAUUGUUGAUUAUUCACUUUUAUUGAUCAUCAACAACAAGUAGAAAAAAAUAAAGAUGGGCAUCAUAGAUUAUUUAAGAUUUUACACAUGGGAUAAAGAAACUGAAAGACUCCUAAAAUUUGUACUCAAAGGUGGAAAAGUAAAAUAAUUUUUAUUUAUUAAGGUCCCUACAAUUAUCAAUCCACAUGACUAUAAAUAGAGGUUUUUAACUGCAAUAGGAAGAUAUUUUAUACACGUUUGA